AUGAGAUUGUUCCACCUACUAUUCCUUCUUAUUACCAACUUGCUCCAAUUUUCAAUUGCCAAACGUGUCACCAACGUGAAACCAACAACGCCAUAUCGGAAAGUGUUCCUCAAUUACCAAAACAAUGGAAUAUGUUUGCUCGCCAACGAAACUGAGCUAACUCACUUCGACUUGGAAUUUGAAUUCGAUAGAGAUAAUGAAACGGUUCCCAUUUUGAUCUUCAACUACCGAGAUUUAUUCCAUUUUACCAACUUGCCCAAUUUUAAUGAUUUCUUAAACCACACGUAUCUUGAGGAGCAAAUCGAGGAUUCUGGACAAGACAAGAGCUUGCUCCUUGUUGAUGAAGGAAGGAAACUGGUUUAUUUCAAUCUACAAGUAAGGGAUAUUGCACGCGGGUUGCCCAAGCUGGUUUGGUACGAUGUGGUUACAAACAAGACCACGUAUGUGCACUACGAUGUUGAGGAACCGGGUACGUAUUGUAUCUAUAUGCCAUUGUAUACUUAUGAUGGUGAGCUCAUCCAGCCAACGAACUACAAGGCCAGUUUAUCAGUGGAGGAGUUUCAACCCGUGAGUGUGUAUCAUGACAUUGCAUCAUCGUUGAAUAUUGGCAUCUUAUUUGGGUCAAGCUUGCUUAUAUUGAGUUUUUUGUAUCCGGCUAUUCGAGCUGGGAAAUUUGAUAAGUUGCCACCGGUGGUUCAACAAUUGAGCCAGUUGUUGGCAGUUCAUACUGCAUUUACGUUGAUUCAGUUGGUGCUUCGUUUGGUUUAUUUGUUCUUGCCCAAUGAUUUCAUCUACACAUUCACUGAAGUUUACUUUGGGUAUUUUGCCAAUUUCUUGUUGAGGUCGUGGCAAAAGUUUAUUAUGUCUCAAGUUUAUUUUGGAUUGGGGUAUGUCAAUAUCCCCACAAAGUCCUUGAAAUUUCUCAAGAUUUCAAAAUUCAUUUUCCAAUGGGCGUUUAUUGUCGGUCUUUUCACCGAGUUUAUUUUUGAUACGUGUCUCGACAUCCCACAACCAAUAACUGGCAUCUUGUAUAAUGGUCAACCUUAUCUGAUUUACAAAAAAUCAAUUUUGGUUAAUAAUCUCUAUGCCAAUAUUGUCUUUAAUCAGAGUUCCGAUUUAUUUAAGUACGUUUUCAAAUACGGAUCUCACGUGCAGCUCUUGUGUGGACUCCUUUUGCAAGCUUCCCGAUUCGCAAGUGGAUUCUACUUAGCUUGGAAAUUGAGAAAAAAGUCCAACUUGGCUAAACCAAUGUUUACAACGAUAUUGAUUCAUUUGAUUGCAUGGACAUUGUUUGGUAGGCAGACAAUCUAUGUUCUCUUUAUUCAUUUGAAAUUUACUGGAGUUUUUGAUGUUGGUGAAAUGUUGGCUAAUAUGGGACACUUGAUUGAGAAUUAUGAAGUUAAAUGGUCGGCGCUUGCCUUGGUGGAGAUUUUGAUGCUUUGGUUUAUCUGGACGGCGAAAACACCUCGUGAAUUUGACAUUGUUUCUGAGUUUGACGGCAGUGCAAAGCAAGAUAAGAAGGUAAAUCACGCCAAGAGAGCGAAAGGUAGCAAGAAACUGACUGGUGAAAAGAAGGUGAGCAAGAAUGUCGAGAAAAGGGUGCUGGCCUGA